CAAGUACUCUGUUAGCUCUCCACCUCCGUCGUCUGUAAAUUCCUCUCUCUCUCUCUCUCUCUUUCUCCCCGAACAGAAAAAUGGGUAAAGAUCGAAACGGCAGCGUUUCAAAUAGACGAAGCAGAAGUUCCGAGAAAGAGGAGAGACGCAGCAGAAGUUCCGAGAAAGAGGAAGAAAACGAGAGAAAAUCCGAGAAAGCGAGCGAAAUUUUGAAUUCCGAGUCCGAAGAAGAAGACAGGAAACGCAGUAAAUCUACAAGAAAAGAGCGGGAAAUCUCUGAUUCCGGGAAUGAAAAGCACGUGAAAAGGGAUAGACGACGGAGGAGAUCCCGGAGGCAGUACAAUAGCGAGGAGGGUACGGAUUCGGAGUCCGAGUCGGAAUCGGAGGAGAGCGGGUCGGAUUCGGAGUCGGAGAGUGAGAGCGAGAGUGACGGGAGGAGGAAAAGGAGGAGGAGGAGAGAGAAAGACGAGGACAGAGAAAGGAAGAAGAGGAAGAGAGAGAAGGAAAGGAAGAGGAGGAGGAGAGAGAGGGAGGAAGAGAGGAAGAAGAAGGAGAAGAGAAAGAAGAAGAGGAAGGAGAAGAAGGAGAAAGGAAAUGUAGGAGCGGUGACGAAUUCGUGGGGGAAGUAUGGGAUCAUCAGAGAAACUGAUAUGUGGAACAAACGACCAGAGUUCACAGCAUGGUUACAGGAAGUAAAACAGGUGAACCUGGAACAUCUGGCAAAUUGGGAAGAGAAGCAGAUGUUCAAACAGUUCAUGGAAGAUCACAAUACAGCUACCUUCCCUUCGAAAAAGUACUACAGCCUUGAUAAUUACUACAGGCAUAAAAUGGAGAAGGAAAUUAAAAGAGGUUUUAAGAAGGUUACGCCAACAGAACGUAUUGUAUUCAAUGACGAAGAACAGAAACGGCAAGAAAUGAUGCGAGUGCGUGAAAAGCAAAAGGAAGAAGAAGUAGAGGCUCUGAAGCGCUCAAUGCAGAGUGGACUGGCACAAGCAAUGAAAGAGCAAGCUCAACUCAGGGAAGAGAUGGCUUACCAGUACAAGAUUGGAAACAUGGAGGCUGCUGCUGCUAUUCAGAGAAGGUUGGACCCUGAUGCUGCUGUGUGAAAAAGGUUCACUGUAAUUUCAAGAGUUUAAUUCCGUCAGGUUUCUACUAUAAAAAAGAAACUUCCGUGCAUAGAUUCAUAGCUAGACGGAACUGUUAAGGUACCCUCUGUAUCUGCUGUCCACUUUAGCCUGGUUGUCAUACAUUCUAGGGUGAAAUAUUUGGUGACCGUCGUUCUCCUCAGCGAUUUAGCCAUUUUUGAAGAUGCAUAGUAAAGGAUGUAUGUUGUUUACUGAUUUCUUAGCACAUUGAUCAUCAUGAAAGUCACCCAUCUCCUUUAUGCUUUUGAGAAACACCGAUAUUAUUAAGAGGCAAUGUAUGUGGGAUCCAUCUUAAUUAGAGAGGUAGUUUCGUGUGUCUAGGUAGCAUUACUGAAUGAAUAAUGACAUGACUCUUUCA